AAAGUAUGGCGGCGGAGUGUUUGACAACAUUAACAGAACAGUGGAUCCGAGAGAGAUUACAGCUGAAACACCCAUGUCUCGGGGAUGUUCGGACUUUAAGCCUCCCGGGGACGUUUGAGGAGAAAAUCAGACAUCUGGGAAACGCUCUGAACAACUUUGUCCGUCUGAAGUCUCUGGAUCUGUCCUGCAAUGCGCUGGUUUCUGUUCAGGGGGUGCAACACUUGAAGAUGCUGGAGAGGCUGAUCCUCUACUAUAACCGCAUACCUUCACUUGAAGAGGUAGAGGUGCUGUUCGAGCUCACGGCUUUAAAAGAGCUGGACCUCAGGCUCAACCCUCUGACUAAAAACUACCCACACUACCGGCCUUAUCUGGUGCACGCCAUGCCCAACCUGCGCAAGCUGGACAGCUGUUCAGUCAGAGACACCGAGCGCAAAGCUGCCAUACUGCAGUUCUCCUCUGACCUUCUUCCCCAGCAGCAGAGCUCCUCUAUGAGUCCACCUGAAGAUCAAAGAAGCAGCAAUCAGAGGCUGGCUUUAGUCAACCGCUUAACCAAGAGGCUUUCUCUCCUGACUGACAGCCAAGAUAUUGUGCUGAACUUUGUAGAGACCAAUCACGGAGUCCAGGGUGAAACCGUCUCAGUUCACAAGGAGGCAGAGGAACUCAAAGAGGAAGAUUUAGAAGAUUUUACCCAACAGAGGAGUUCAACUCCAAAACAGGAAACUGCAAAAUCCAUCCUCAGGUAUCCCCUUACAAAAAAUGAUAACACGGAGUCCAAAGGGCCACAAGUGAAAGAACCUUCUCAUAAUAAAAGCUCUACCUCAUUAAAAGUUGCUGAAAGACCGAAAGUGUCCUUUGGACCCUACAUAGAGAAACCUGUGUCUGGAAAACAAAAGCAAAGGGACUCCUCCAAGCACACCAGACAUGCAGCCAAGGGCCAUUUUACCCCAAAUCCUGAUCAAAGCCAGCGCCAUAGCUCUUCAUUUAGUAACAUCAGACCUCCCAGUCCACGGCGUCCUGGUUUGAAUCUGUCUGACCCCUCUGACCCCGUCUUACACCCCCCACGACUGACCUACUCCAGCUUCAACAAGACAGAAGGGGGCUCCAGUCUGCCGCAGCAAGCCGACAAGAAAAAAAGGGGCAGCUACAGGAAACCCCUGGAGAUGCUCCUCAACCUCGUGGACAAACACUGGACGGGAGAGCGAUCUCUGCAUCAUAACAACAACUUCCUAUCUCAGGCGGUGCAGAUCCUCUCGAUGAUGGAGAGCGAUAUUUCCAGUCGGGAGGCUGAGGUCAGGACCUUGAGACGGGAAGCUGAUGCGCUGAGCUUUCAGGCGGCGACGCGAGAGGAAGAGCACAAAACCGAAGUCCGCAACCUUUCUGCUCAGCUGGAGGAAGCUCGCGGAGCAGUCGGCAAAUUGAAUGAGCAGCUGAGGAUCGUCUUAGAGGAAAAUGUUGCGCUGCAGAAACAGCUCAUCAAGUUAGAACGUCAAUAUCUCAAGUCCAUGAUGAAGAGUUCGCCUAUUACUCAGAUCAGAGAGGCCCAGACAGAAGUAGAGGAGCUCAGGAAAGAGAUCGAGGGUCUGAGGAAGAAAGUUCAGGAGGCCGAGAACGUCAAAGAGCUGUCGAAUAUGCUGCAAGAAAGCCACAGGUCCCUGGUGGCUACCAACGAGUGUUUGCUGGCUGAGCUGAAGGGAAGUGGCGAACAUUAAAGCACAGUUUGACUGCAGAGAUGCCCUCCAGGAUAAAAAAAAAAAUAUCAAAGCAAGACUAUGCCAAGCAUCAUAUUAGCACAAGCAGCUAUUGACUGUUUUUAAUUCAUUUUUACUUUAUUUAUGUCACUGCAGCGUACAUUUUUAAUGGUGUGUGUAUUAAGUUCUUCGCCCUUUUGAUGAAUUAAGUGUUUAUUAUUUCCAAAAAAAUAUGUAUAGGCUGCGUUUGCUGGAUGUAAACAGUAACAGGAGAGAGGCAAUCCAUUCAUGAAACUUUGUAUAUAAGUGUGUGUCAGUACUGUUAUGUUAACAAAUGAUUUUAGGGGAAAAAAUUUCAGCGAGAAGGUCAUAAUGUAUUUCCUGGCAAGAUUGCGUCUCUCUCCUGUUUUUCUUUUUCUUUUUUUUUUUGUAGGUCAGUUGUGUCUCCAUCUGCUUUGUACGCUGCAGUGGAGUGAAUGCAUCUCGAUUCCAGCUGCACUGUGACUUUAUUUAUACCUCUGCCUUCGGGCUCGAGAGCUACACACAUGCAUGCACUUUCCUCUCGCAAACAGUAAUACAAGGCCUGACAAAACCAGGUUAGAAUUUGGAUGCUAUACAAACUGAAUGCUGUUGUUUUUUAUGUGAACGUUACAGGUCAGUGGUUGGUGCUACUGGUGUGGAGUUUCACAGUGAUCCAGAAGAAAGCCAUAAGAACAUUACACAUGUUUUUGACAGAUACCCCAAAACCUACUCAGCAGAGGUUCUGGAUGUCUUUUUUUUUCAUUUUUUAUUUUCAAUAAUGCACUACAAAUCAUGAACACACUUUUAAGAGGCCUAAAGAACAAGAACAAAAAAAAAAAA